ACCAACAUCCUUUCGCUGGCCUCUUAUAUUUGACGUCGCACGCUGGAUUCGUCGACAUAUAGACACUGAAGAAUAGAGUCUCUUCACAUUCCUGACAGUCACUCUUUACGAACCCGAACCAUAAUUCGAACUACGACAUCCUUUGCGAUGAUCUCGUCGGCCUACGACUCUGGAAGCCCAUCGUCUGCUCCAGAUCAUGCUAUCACGUAUUCUAUGAGCCUGCCUAGCAUUACAAGCUCCUACUCGACGCUGUCUGGAUUCUCGAGUUCGAGCUCGUACCAUCGGGGCGGUGCCGACGCGUCGUUCAGUCUAUCUAGCAGCCUCACGUCCAUUGAAGACCUGGAAGCUGUUCCUGCAUGCGAAGACUGGAAUCAUCGCCCACUUUGUCCCACGGCACACGAGUCUAUCCCGCCGUCCGAAUGGACGAAACGAAGAUCUCUACGUGAACGGCUCGUCUCCAUCCGGAACAACAUCCGAAGAUGUGCGUCCGAUCUCGCGCAAGGAGCCUCGUUCUACAACACUGCCGUCGGUCUCGUGUUCUGCUAUUAUGCCUGGACGCUUCUCCUAGCCCUAUCAGGGUCCGGCGGUCAAGUUACUGCGGGCGACGCCGUGGACGUCGCACCGUGCUAUGCUCUGCUAGUCGCUCAACCACCCAACAACGGCUCUACCGGCUCUGGUGACUACUUCAUUCCGACUCAUCCUUAAGCUGGUUGAGGUGAAGGCAGACUUAUUGGACACGAGUUUUCGGCUACGAGCCCUUGUCAGCGAAUGGACCGUGCAUAUUACUUGGAGCAUCACAUGUAGUUCGGGUCCUACAGUUACGCCACAUGUGUAAUAAAGCAUGCUAAUGGGAGCCAUGGCGUAGUGCCCU